AUUUUGGCACCCCUGCAUCAGCUCGUGGUUCACACGGAAUAUAUAUUCAUUUAAUGUGCUGUACUCUCUGGCUGCUGUUUCCUUAAUCCAAAGUGCAUCAACUGGUAGCACAUCUCCUUUCAUCUAGUCGACGAUUUUGAUUCGGUCUCUAGACAACUUGGCGUGGAGGAUGUGGUGCAUGGAGUGAAAUAACACAAUAAGCAAUCGUGAGUGAAAUGAUGGAUAGCGAUACCUAUAAGAUUUCAACACUUGCAUAACCAGAGUAUUUUUUCUCAUGGGUUCGUAGCUGCUAAAUCAUAAACCUAAAGUGAAAGAAGUUGGUGAAAAAAAUGGAACUCCCCAAAGUUUACAAUGAGCUAUGCUUUAAUGCCCAUUUAUUCUCCGGUCGGCCAUUGGGUGUUCAGUUUAUUAGGUUAAUUUAGUCCUCCGCAUCCAAAAAGCUCAUCAUCAUCAGGAUUUCAUGAACAACUAAAAUGAGGAAGUGAUUUUUUUGUUUGAUUGGUGGAAAAUCGUAAGUGGGAUAAAUACAUGAAAAAGUUUUGCAGGAAGAAAUGACAUGUUCAAUUUGGAAUUUGACUAAAACAUUUUACACCCUGCCGUUUACAAACAUUCCAAAUUAGCAAACCCAGUGGGCAGAGGGGAGUAAAGAUAACUUAUUAUCAAAUAAUAAUAGGACAUGACGAUGAUACAGAAAGCUUUAAACAAUGCAAAAAUCAUAAUAUCCAUUAAACAAAUUGUGCGCAUACCAAGUCCAAAUAAACAACCCUGAAAACGAGGUCUUAAAUUUGAUUACGGUCGACUUUACGAGAAUACGUAAUAGUUCCUCCUCGUGCUGGAAUUUGAAUACGUGUAUUUGUGACAAUGCGUAGCACCGACUGCAAACUUUGUGAAAUAAAUCAAGUCUUUGGACCAUACAAAAUAAACAUUAAUUGAGCUGUAAACACACCACUGUUAGUGCAAGUGCCAAUAUAAUUGUUUUUGUAAUGGAUUGAUUUGACGGUGCAAAGUGUCAAUAUUUAAAUCAUUAAAUGCGAAUCGACAUCGAAAGUCUUCAAGAUAACUUUACACCCUAACAAAUAUAUACAUAUGCAUUUAUGCAUACGUACCUAUGUACCUACAACUGUUUUGUGGAUUUAAGUUAGUUACAUACACCAGUGACCAACAUAAAUGAGCCCCAAAUUAAAAUCCAAGUGGUUCCGUUGGCUUUCUCCAGGAUCAAUCUACGUAGAUUCUGGAAAAGAGUCGGAAUUUGACGUGAGUUAUGGUGAGAAAGGAGAUGCAAACGCUCCCUUGAAGGGCACAAUUGGAUCUCAACCACAGUUUGCGCUCUUUAACAAGACAAACUCACCAGAUCAUCAAAUGAAAGGAAACAGAGGAGGGGUGACAAUUUCUGGAUCGCGAUGCUGCUCUGUCUUUACCCAGUUCUUUUCGUCGAUAACGGUGGAGCCAGUGGUCUUCUUGUACAUGUUAUCCACAUUUUCUCAGUAUGCAUCAUUCCAAGACCUCGUUUACAUGAGGUCAUGUCUCCAAUCGUACCCUGUCUCCACGUGCGAUAAACUCCAAUCGCCGGAAUUCGCCAAAGAGGCUGAAGCAGUUCAAGCCAUGUCAUCCCACCUCAUCCUCGUCUGCACCUCAGCCCUUGUACUUCCGUCAAUUUUCAUUGCCGUGUAUCUUGGCUCGUGGAGUGAUAGGUUUGGACGGAAAUGGCCAAUCGUGCUGCCUCCGUUGGGUGGUGUUUUGGCAUGUGUGGUGUACAUCAUUUUGGCUUUCCAACCUCAUCUCCCAAUCCAGUGGGUAUUUUCAGCCUCCUUCCUUUCAGGUCUAUUUGGGGGCUUCGUGUCGUGCAUCAUGAGCUGCAUGAGUUAUGUGUCAUCAAUUAGUUCAGAAGAAAAUAGGACCGUGAGAAUAUCUCGAUUGGAAGCCAUGAUAUUUCUGGGUGGAACCGUAGGGCCCUUCCUUUCAGGCUCCCUUCUGGAGCACAUCGGACACGGGUUUUCGUUUGUGUUCAUGUUGAUCUGCUACGCUCUCGCAUUUCUCUACGCUAUAUUUUUCGUGAAAGAAGUGCACGGCGAUGCGAUUAGGAGUGGAGGAAAUGGAGCCCCAAUUCCGGAAAUUGAUGGGGUUAGACCGCACUCUGCGGCAUCAUCAACUUCAGUCGUUUCAUCGUCUCUCAAAUCUUCAACACUUGAAGGAAACAGGCACACAGAAUUUCUAGACCUCGAGGAGGAGGAGGAGGUGGAACAAUUACUUUCUCCCACACCACACUUGGGUCUUGGCCUUAAUUUACCAGAUGUUGCAAGAUCAGCAACACAAUCCGUGUAUGUUGAUACCACGUGUCAUAAUUUUGACCACCAACAACAUGACCAUUCAUAUCCUUCACCGUACCAACCACUCAGCUCGGGUAGCGGCCAAAGCCAUUCAAAUUUUGAGGAUGGUUCUUCUUCUGCAUCAGAAGAUGGACAAAGAAACAUUUUGAAGAGAUCGAAAGAGUCGCCGCAUGAAUCGCACGAGGAUGUCUCCUGCUUUUCCAGGUAUUUCGGAUCCGAGCAUUUUUUUGCUGCCCUGAAAACGGUGAUUAAAAAGAGGGAAGGAGGACGACGCGCUUAUCUCAUUUUGACACUGGUGGCAGGAUAUAUUGGAAUGAUGAUAACCGCAGGAGAGUUGGACGUGGCUUUUUUGUUUUCGAAAGGGGAUCCGUUGAAAUGGAGCCAUAAGACGUUUUCAUACUACUUUGGACUGAAAUACAUGCUUGGAACACUUGUGCUUCUUGUGGGGAUGCCGCUUUUUCAACAUUUUCAGAUAAGAGACAGUACGGUCUGUAUAGUUGGUCUGAUUUCUCGGAUGGCUGGACUAGUACUUUAUGCCCUUAGUCCCAAUACAACCGUGGCGUUUAUGGUACCAAUUGUGGCCAUUUGCAGCUUUUUUAGUAUCCCUGCUACACGAUCUCUCCUGUCAAAACUGGUCUCAAGUGAUGAACAAGGAAAAAUAUUCGCGUUUUUCGCCAUCAUGGAAGAUUUUACAGUUAUGACUGCGUCAAUUCUCUUCAACAGUUUGUACCCUUUGACCAGACCAAUUUUGAAAGGUUUCAUCUUUCUUCUGGCCGCAGUGCUACUUAUCGUUCCUAUUCUCAUCAUGUGGUUCAUUGGUCGUCGGUUGUCUAAACUGGAGCGUCUGGAGUCUGCGGUAACUAACGCUCCUCACAGCCCAGAUUUACAGCAAAACAAUGCGUUGUAAACUUGCACAAACCUGAUGAUGAAUCAUUUAUUGUCCUUUCGAGAAAAAAAAUAUGGUGGUGGGUGUUAUGGGUAUUUAUUGUUAUUGUACGAUAAAGCACAACAAAGAGCUUGACAAAAACAGGGGUCGUGUUGGUAGGAAUGAAAUUUAGAAAUGUACAAAUGAUGUAAUUAAAAAAUAAUAAUCUACCAACAACGCUUGUCCUUAUUGUGAUGAUAACUUUGAAAUAAUAAUUUUGUGGGUUACGGACUGACUGUUUUUUGUAUGUCUUACUUGGUUUUGGUAAUAUUAUUGAACUGCAAGGUGUGUCCAAAGUAUUGUACCUAAAUAUUCUAAAUACAUUUUAUGUAAUUAACCGUGCAUGAGAACAGAGCAUGAGAUAAAAAUAGAUGAAUACAAGUUGUAUUAAUUUACAUAGAUUGAAGCACACGGGAUUUUCGAAUUUAUUUAGCUGUAAUAUAUUUACUGUAGUGUAUAUAUACGCACUUUUGUAUGUGAUGCACAUUGACAAAACUGUUGGACUGACUGGGUGAUCAUCUUUUUUUAGGUAUGAAAUGAAAGAUUCUUAUAUGAAAAUAAAUUCUGUUAUGUGAGAUCCUUCACAAAAUUGUAUUUUGCUAGCAAUUGAAGACAAAAGUUGCAAGAAUUAAAAUAAUUUAAAAAACUACUUUUUUACAAGUACUGCCUGCAUGCAUGUAAGUUUAAUCAAAGGAUAAUUUCAAAUUACAAGCAAAAAGUCCUAGUAAGUAUGUAUGUAGAUCCCCAUUUAAUGUAUUUACCUUGUUUAUAAAUACAUCAUGGAAUUACUCGAGAUGGCAAUUAUUCUCAAGAUUCCAAUUUACCCUAAAUUAAAAUCGAAUGGCAAUUUCUGGAUGAUUGAGCAAAGUACAAAGUUUCAACUUUCCUUACUUAUGAUAUACUCGGAAAAAGUAGUUAUAAAUAAUAUUAUUGUAAGGGAACAUUACAAGUUAAACCAACUCGGUGUGUAAGGUCCUUCCUGACAAGUAACUGAAACAUUAUAUGUACAUACAUAAGUACACUGAAUAUAUGUAUAAAAAUAAUAAUUGUAAUCCGUACAUAACUCAAAAGACUGGUAGUAAUUAUUAAACGAACUUUUAAAUAGUUGAAUAUGUAAGAUAAGAAUGUAAAAAAAACUAUUUUUUGACUUUAUGUAAAAUGUAUCCACAAGUUUGAUGUGAUGAAACUUUUAAAUCAAAUAAAAACAAUCAAUGUCUAUUUCGACCACCA